AUGUCUCUCUUCCGCACCAGCUUCACCCCUCAGGGUGACUUCGGUUCCCUCUUCCGACUACUGGACGACUAUGAUUCCCACCGCUCGACCCGCCAGCAGGAUCAGUCCUCACUGCGCUCCUUCUCGCCCCGCUUUGAUGUUCGUGAGAGCGGAGACGCCUAUCACCUGGAUGGUGAGCUGCCUGGAAUCGCCCAGAAGGAUAUCGACAUAGAGUUCUCCGACCCUCAGACUCUAGUCGUGAAGGGUCGCACCGAGCGUGAAUACCACACCGAACCCAAGGCCGAAGGCGAAGAUGAGGAAUCUGCUCCCAACCACCGUUUUUGGGCUUCAGAGCGCUCGAUCGGCGAAUUCCAGCGCACUUUCAACUUCCCCGGCCGCAUCAACCAGGACGCCGUCAAGGCCAACCUGAAGAACGGAAUUCUCUCCAUCCUGAUUCCCAAGGCCACUGCUGCCGCGGCCAAGAAGAUCACCAUCGAGUAG